GAGGGGGACGGUUGAGUCCUGCAAUCAGAGCCAGAGUGUGGCAGCAGCAGGUUGUUUCAGCCCAGAUAUGACCCCACCCGCCCCGUCAAUCUCCUCCAGCCUGAUCGUCCCACCACAUCCCUCCAAACGUCUCCAGGCUCGGCGGGACAGCCCUGCAGUUUAGGAAUUAAUGCAUCAUCAUUAUCAUCACACACCUGCUUCACGUCUCAGUGGACCAACAGGACCACAUGUCCUGAGAGGAAGGGUGUUUGUUUCUGCCUCCUGCGUGGGAUGCUCCGGAUCCAGGAUGACUUUGGGAGUUUUAUGUGACGUUUGAGCAGAGACGCUGGACGGGGACAGGAGACACCUGGGACAAAGUGCUGGGACCACCAAAUAGGGGAGGUGGAGAGGAGGCAGGGGGGUUGCAGGGSAUGGGAAACGUCAACAAGGCUUCUAAGAAGGACAGUAAAAGGAAAAAGGGGACGUCACCUGUGAACCAAGGCGGGGCCCCAUUGGCCACGGCCAUGCUGGGGUCCCUGGGUGGUGCAGGGGAGCUUGACACAGAGGAKGAGGAGGAGGAGGAAGGAGGGAGCAGCCGUCCAUUCGAUGACCCCCUGUGCACCCUGGUUAAGAACUGCAACAUGCUGCACAACAUAGUGGGGCCUGCUUGUAUCUUCCUCAGACAGGGCUUCGCUCAGAGCCAGCUUGACAGAGAUCUGCGACCAGAGGAAAUGGAAGAGCUGCGUGAGGCCUUCAGGGAGUUCGACAAAGACAAGGAUGGCUUCAUCAGCUACAAGGACCUGGGCGAGUGCAUGAGGACGAUGGGCUACAUGCCCACUGAGAUGGAACUCAUCGAGCUCAGCCAGCAGAUCUGUGGUGGCAGAGUGGACUUUGAAGAUUUUGUGGAGCUGAUGGGUCCCAAAAUGCUCGCUGAGACCGCAGAUAUGAUCGGAGUCAAAGAGUUACGGGACGCCUUUAGAGAGUUUGACUCUGAUGGCGAUGGUCAGAUCAGCCUUGCAGAGCUGAAAGAAGCCAUGAAGAAGCUGAUGGGGGAGCAGCUGAACCACCGUGAGAUCGAUGAGAUCCUGCGAGACAUAGACCUCAACGGAGACGGAGAGGUGGACUUUGAAGAGUUCGUGCGAAUGAUGUCUCGCUGACUCCUCACUGACGCAGACUCGACACUGUUAAAGAUGGUUUCUAAUGUACAAAAACUCUGUGGUGUCUGUGUUUUCUCACGUACCUCCAGCACCUCUCAGGUAUUAGAGUCCCUUUAUUUUCUCAGCCUUGUAUAAAACAUGUGACGAGAGAUUACUUAUUUAAAAAUUCAGUGGUGUGGUCUUGUGGGAUGAACUCAAAAAAUAAUCUAAAUUAUUAAUAUAACUGACCGUUACUGUAAAUCUGUAUUUAGAUUUUUUUCUUUUAGUUUUUGAAUUUGCAACAAAUACUGUGAAUUUAUAGCUGAUAAUAUUUUACAAUUUCAGUCUAAAGGUUGAAAAAUUUAAAGUAUUAUAUUAAUAAUGUUUACAUGUUAAACUUGAAUGCACUGGUUGUAAUUGUAUGAUAGUUAAAUAUAAACAGAGAGUUAUUACUUUGUUAAUAAGCCAUUAUUAAUAUUAUUAUGUGUAUACUUCACUGUACAAACUCACAGUUAUGCAAUAAAUACGUUUGCAUCAUC